AUGAACGACUGGAGCGUGGCUAUGUCGAGGCAUUUGCGAAUAAUCUCGCGAGACCCUCUUUACCAUUACCCGCAUGGUACAAGACCAAGUAAGGAUGCCAAUAGCCCAGUGAUGUUCAGAGGAGGGCAUGCCUGUUCAAGAAUGCUCGGCAUUCCAUUUCUUGAUAAUGCAAUAUGGAAUUGGUUUAAGCCUCAAACUUUUGACGAUCCCGUCGAUCGACUCAAUUAUUUCAUUACGUCCACUCUCCUCACUUUCUUUGCUAUAAUGGUUUCUGCUAAACAAUAUGUCGGUUCUCCCAUUCAAUGUUGGAUGCCUAUGGAAUUUAAAGGAGGAUGGGAACAGUAUGCUGAAGACUACUGCUUCAUCCAAAAUACUUUCUUCGUGCCAUUUUAUGAAGAGAUCCCCGCCGAUGAUGAGGAUCGCUCAAAAGCUGAAAUUGGAUAUUAUCAGUGGGUUCCGGUCGUUUUAGCACUUCAAGCUAUAAUGUUCUAUCUACCUAACUGGAUCUGGAAGACGCUUCAUCAACAGAGCGGUAUCGAUUUAAGCACUGCUAUUGAGGAUGCUCGAAAGUUACGCCAAAUUGGUGGAGGUGAGCGCAAGAAGGAAGUAGAAAAAUUGGCCACAUACCUUGAAGAAUGUUUGGAGUUCCAAAGUGAGCGGCGUACGCCCUAUCGCAUCCUCUGCUUCCGAUUUGGAUACGGACUGGGGUCUUACGUUUCUAUGCUGUAUAUUUUUGUCAAAUUUUUAUACUUAGUGAACAUCUUCACGCAGUUUUAUAUACUGAAUAGUUUUUUGGGAAGCGACUACACCUUUUGGGGUCUUCAGACAUUCCGCGAUUUGUGGAAUGGUCGGGAAUGGUUAGAUUCUGGCGUAUUUCCGCGUGUUACAAUGUGCGAUUUCAAAGUUCGCCGCCUUGCAAACACUCACAAAUACACCGUACAGUGUGUACUGAUGAUCAACAUGUUCAACGAGAAGAUUUAUCUCUUUAUUUGGUUUUGGUUUCUGUUCGUUGCUAUUUCAACAGCAAUAAACUUUGGAUACUGUUUUCUGCAAUUAGUUCUAACUUCUUUUCGUGAGAAAUCCACACAAACAUGGCUGUCCUCCCCAAGGCAUGGUGACGAUAGCACUGACAGCUACCGUCAUCAGCAUAUCAUGCGUCGUUUCACCCAUGCAGCCCUUCGUCCAGACGGUGUUCUUUUGCUUCGUUUCAUCGAAGGUCAUGCUGGUGCGAUGGUAGCUCGUGAAAUCACCAUGAAAUUGUUCACGGAUUAUCUUGAGCAGAUGUCGUACAACAACCCAGGACAUAGUCAUUCGACAAAGUCAACGAGCCCGGGCGUCAUCGAUGAUGGUCUUCAUGAAAAUCUCUACAACUCUGAAAAAUUAGGCGGCCUAAUGGCUACUGAUUAUCCAACGAAAAAUAUAUGA